GCGCCGAUCGUGCUCCUCUCGCCCGGGCUUCCCCACGGGAGCGACCCGGGACAGCAGUGCAAGGAUGGCGUCUUUGGAAGAAAACUUUCCUCGAGGGGGUAUCCAGAAAAAACCUGCAGAGAGAAAAACGUCCAAGCCAAAGUUAGAGCAGGACAAUUUGUUUGAUGUUCACCAUGAAGAAAAAUCCCAGAAAAGAAAAAGGAGCCAAAAGGAUCAAGGAAAGCAGAAAAAGUUCAAGGCAGACAAAACAGCCACCGCUAAAGACGAUGUUGUGAAUAUUGGACCACUCACAAUUCAGGCGCUGUGUGAGGACAUGCUUCUCCUUGGGUGUAUAAAGGAGAUCACUGACUACGAGCUGGUCAUCAGUUUGCCCAAUGGUCUUUUGGGAUUUGUGCCGAUCACGCAGAUCAGCGAUGCCUACAGCAAACUGCUGAGCCAGCAGGUGGCCCAAGGAGAACUCCCAGAGGGCUUGAAUUCGCUCUCGGACGUGUAUUCUCCAGGGACACUGGUCAGGUGCAUCGUGACCAGCGUUGAGAAAAGUGAUGAUGGACGUCGCAGCAUCAAAUUAUCGAUUGACCCCAAGAAGGUCAAUAAGGGCCUGAAUGCCUUAGCCCUAGCAACAGGCAUGCUGCUCUCUGGCUCUGUAUCUAGUGUGGAAGACCAUGGCUACCUCAUAGAUAUUGGAGUCAGUGGGACUCAUGCUUUCCUGCCUCAUGAGAAAGCCAAAAAUUACAUCAAAGCACUCAAGAGAGGGCCUGACUUGAAAAUAGGCCAGAACCUGACCUGUGUCAUCGUGGAAGUGAAGAACGAGGGCAGAGUGGUCCGUUUGUCCAUUGAUCGGUCAGAGGUUGCUGCAUCCCUUGCCACAGAGAAACAGAACUGGGCACUCUCUAACUUACUACCAGGUCUAGUGGUGAAAGCUCGAGUGCAGAAGAUGACCCCGUUUGGAAUCAAACUGACAUUUCUGUCUUACUUCACUGGCAUUGUGGAUUUCAUGCACAUGGACCCGGAGAAAUCCAUGAACUAUUCUCCAGAUCAAGUGGUGAAGGCUUGCAUCCUGUCUGUGCACCCCGGCUCCAAGGCGGUGCGGCUCACGCUGCGUCCGGCCUUCCUCCACCCCGGGGGAUCCCCCAACCAGCUCUCCAGUGACCGCGUGGGGGCCGUGGUGGAGGAGUCCACAGUGAAAGCUUUCUAUAAGCAGUUUGGUGCCCUCUUUGAGCUCGAUGAUGGCACUCUUGCGUUUGCACGGUUGAAGCAUCUUUCGAAGAACAGAAAAUCGUUUAAACCUGGGGCAUUUAAGGCAGGAUGCAAACACAAAUGUCGGAUCAUUGACUACAGCCUGAUGGAUGAGAUGUGUCUUGUAUCUCUGAAGCAUCAGAUUAUUGAAGCACGGUUUCUGCAAUACCAAGAUAUCCACACAGGUGAUGUGGUUGAGGGCAAAGUGCUUUCUCUGAAACCCAUUGGGAUGCAGGUGAAAGUAGCUGAUGGGAUUAGAGGACUUGUGCCAUCCCUCCAUCUCGCUGAUGUGAUCCUGAAGCAGCCUGAGAAGAAGUACAACAUAGGAGAUGAAGUCAAGUGUCGGGUGCUAGAGUGCAAUCCUGCAGGAAAGAAGCUGAUCCUUACUCUAAAGAAAAGUCUCAUCCAGUCAAAGCUUCCAGUCCUCACAAAUUAUGAAGAUGCAAAACCAGGUCUGAUCACACAUGGCUUUGUGGUGUGUGCAAGGGAAUUUGGCUGCAUUGUGAAGUUCUAUAAUGAUGUCAAAGGUCUGGUUCCCAAGAAUGAGCUGAGCUCAGAACCCAUAUCUUGUCCAGAUAAAGUCUUCUAUGAAGGCCAGGUUGUUAAAGUAAUGGUCUUAAAAUGUGAGCCCCAACAGGAAAGACUCUUGUUGUCCUUCAGGUUAUCAAGCAAGUCUGGCCCUGAGGACAAAAGGGAAUGUACUUCAAAGGAAAAACAGGAAGUGAAAUAUCAAAUAGGAGAGAUAGUUGAUGUGAAAGUCUUGAAGAAGAAAGAUAAUGGGUUAGAAGUUUCUAUCUUAGAAGAUGAAGGCAAUGUGGUUGCCUGGAUCCCCACGCAGCACCUCUCUGACUUUGUUGCUACCUCCAAGCUCCUGUGGCACUGUCUUCAAGAGGGAGAUGUCCUGCCCAGGGUUAUGUGUCUAAGUGACAAGGGAGAGCACAUUAUCUUGAGCAGAAAGUCUGCAGUGAUUUCUGCUGUACAGGAGGAGCAAGUUGUGAGAAGCUUCUCUGAAAUCCAGCCUGGCAUGCUGUUGACUGGUUAUGUGAGGAAUGUGAUGCCCUUUGGGGUGUUUGUGGAGUUCCCUUUUGGCGUGACAGGACUGGCACCCAAAGUGAGCAUGAGUGACAAGUUUGUGACAGACACCAAGGACCACUUUGUGGUGGGACAGACUGUGAUUGCGAAGGUGAUGAGCAUUGAUGAGGAGAAGCGGCGUGUGCUCCUCAGUCUGAAGGUGUCAGAGUGCAGCUCGGGUGAUUCUGCUGCAGAGAGCUUUGCCCUCCUGAAUCAAUAUUUCAAGGAGCUGAAAGAAAUCAGGGACUUGUUGAAAAGAGGGGAGCCCAGCAUGGCCCAAGGCCUUUGUGAGUUGGUGCCUGGGAAGGAGCUGCAGCUGGUCGUGCAGGAUGUAAGGGAGGAUGGCUCAGCACUGUUCAGUGGCAACUGUGUCACAGGAUUGACUGUAACCGCCACUCGCUACCAUGUGGGGGAUAAAAAUAUUGUCCCUGGUAAGAAAAUGAAGGUGUUGGUUCUUCAUGUGGAUGCCUCCACAUCUGAGGUGUAUGUUUCUCUUCGGGAAGAACUGUUAAAGCAAAGACCCAAGCGACAGCUCAGAGAGAACUCCCAGCACUCUGCUGUUGUGCAGCACAUUGCAGAACAGUUUGCCCUGGUGUCUCUGUUGGAAACAGGCCAGCUGGCAGCUGUGCCCAUCCCGUCUCACUUCAACGACACCUUCCGCUUUGACUCAGAAAAACUGAAGGUGGGACAAACAAUCUCUGCAACCUUAAGAGCGGUGAAAGAGAAUGACCACGGGGUCUUGUUAGCAGUGCAAGGCCCAGCGAAGAAGAAUUUUUUUGUGAGGGUCCGGAAUGAAUCUGAGACAGUAUUAGAAGAGAUGCUUCCUGCUGUGAAACACUCGCUUUCCCCAGGGGAUAUUGUUACUGGGACCAUUAAAUCUGUCAAACCAACCCAUGUUACAGUUGCUAUUGAUGACAAGCUGACAGGUUCAAUCCAUGCAUCCCGGAUUCUGGAUGAAGUGCCCAUAGGCUCUUUUCCAACAUUUACUCUGAAAGCUGGACAGAAGGUGACUGCUCGAGUCAUUGGAGUUAGAGAUGUGAAUACUCACAGGUACCUGCCCAUCACCCAUCCACACUUCACUCAAUCCAUUCCAGAGCUCAGCAUUCGACCAAGUGAAAAAGAAGGGGAAGUCACAGCAAUGCUGAACCUUAAAGAAGACAAUGCCUGCAAGAAACUUGGACUCUACAGUGUGGGACAAACAGUCACCUGUUUUGUAAAAAAGUAUAACAUCCUCAAAAACUGGCUGGAGGUAGAAGUUGCCCCUGACAUUCGAGGAAGAGUUCCUCAUCUGCUGCUGUCUAUGAACACCAAGGUCUUAAAACAUCCAGAAAAGAGCUUUAAAAUUGGCCAGGCAAUAUCAGCUACAGUGACUGGAACAGAUGUCACAGAAACAAACCUCUGCUUGUCACUCACAGGAAUUCAGUCACUGGAGCAGGGCACUGUCACUGUAGGCAUGGUAACAAAGGUGACUCCACAUGUCGGUUUGACCGUUGCACUGCCAGGUGGGAAGACUGGCAAAGUCAGCAUCUUUCACCUGAAUGAUACUUACACAGAGAAUCCUCUGGGUAACUUCAAAGUUGGCAAGAUCGUCAGGUGCUACAUCCUCUCCAACGAAAACGGCAAAAUCCAGUUAUCUCUCCGGCAAUCCCGGCUGAAUCCAAAGAUCUACACCAAAGUGGAAGAUGUUGAAAUAACAUGUAUUAAGGAUGUUAAAAAAGGCCAGCUAGUGAGAGGCUAUGUCAAAUCAAUCACUCCAUCAGGUGUAUUCUUUGGCUUGUCCACUUCUCUUCUGGGCCGAAUCCUGUUCCAGAAUGUUUCCCCUUACUUUGUACAGAAACACUCCUUAUAUGAAAAAUACCUGCCUGAAGGAAAGCUGCUCACUGCUAAAGUGCUUGGUGUAAAUGGAAAAGAAAAACAUAUUGAACUUUCUCUCCUGCCUGAGGACACUGGGAUGCCAAGUGUCUUGCCUGAAUCCCUGGGCCUACCACAAUAUGGUGCAGAGGAGGAGAAAAGAGAGGCACAUAGUAAGAAAAAAAGUGAAGAACCUAAGUCGAAGACAAAAAGGAGAAGAGGAAACUCUGAAAGUGGGCAGGAGGCGAAGCCAAAAAAAAGGAAGAUCUGCCCAGCAGAUGAAAAUGACAGUGGAAUUGAGGUAUAUUACCGUGAGGAGGAUGAGGAUGACCAGGAGGAAGAGGCAGCUAAAAAGAAAUCUGAGAUAAGGAAACCUGGUGAAGCUCCCAGGCUGCAGGUUUCCAUGGGCUUCACCUGGGACGAGGACAUGAAUGCAAUGGAUAUACCUCUGGUGAAUCAGAAGGAAGAAAGCUCAGAGAGCGAGGAGGAGGAGGAUCCACAGUCCAAGUUAAAGAAAAAAACAAAGAAGGAGAAGGAGCUAGAGAAGCAGAAGAAGGAGAAGGAGCUUUGCAAAGUAGAGGCAGCUCUGAUGGACCCCACUCGACAGCCCCAGUCAGCAGAUGACUUUGACCGCCUGGUGCUGAGCAGUCCCAACAGUUCCAUCCUCUGGCUGCAGUACAUGGCUUUCCACCUCCAGGCUACAGAGAUUGAGAAGGCCAGAGCUGUAGCAGAGAGAGCACUUAAAACAAUCUCUUUCAGGGAAGAACAGGAGAAGCUGAAUGUCUGGGUAGCUCUGCUGAACUUGGAGAACAUGUAUGGUACUGAGGAGACACUGAUGAAGGUCUUUGAGAGAGCUGUCCAGUACAAUGAACCUCUGAAAGUCUUCCAGCAUCUGUGUGACAUCUAUGCCAAUUCUGAGAAGUACAAGCAAGCAGAAGAAUUGUACCACACAAUGCUGAAGCGUUUUCGUCAGGAGAAAUCUGUGUGGCUGAAAUACGCCUCGUUCCUCUUGAAGCAAGGCCAGACUGAGGCUACACACAGACUUUUGGAGCGUGCUCUCAAAGCUUUGCCCACAAAAGAACAUGUGGAUGUCAUUUCAAGGUUUGCACAGCUGGAGUUCCGUUUUGAGGACACAGAGCAUGCCAAGGCCCUCUUUGAGAGCACCCUCAGUAGCUAUCCCAAGCGGACAGACAUUUGGUCCAUCUACAUGGACAUCAUGAUCAAACAUGGCAGCCAGAAGGAAGUACGGGACAUCUUUGAGAGAGUCAUACACCUGAGCUUGGCACCAAAGAAGAUGAAAUUCUUCUUCAAACGCUACCUGGAUUAUGAAAAGAAAUUUGGUACAGCAGAAAGUGUCCUGGCUGUUAAAAGAGCAGCACUUGAGUAUGUGGAGACCAAGAGUUCCCUUACUGAUACCUAAAUAUGGUGCAAGUAAAAGCAGAGAGACUUGACUCUCCAUGCAGUGUGGGAACUGAGAGUGUGGAGUUCUGCUGUGACUGUCCAUGGACAGUGAAUUUCUGGAGAGUGUUGGUCUAUGACCAAACCAGCCUGGAAAGAACAAACAGUGAAAUGAAAUGAUAUGGUAAAGGUUUGCAGCUUUGUCCAGAUGUUACAAAUAAUCCUACUCUGUUGAUGACACAUUUUUAAAUACAGACUGUUUUAUAUUCCAAAGACAUAUCAGCCAUACCUGUUCUACUUUCUGGGGGAGAUAGUGCAGUUAUGGUGCACUGAUUUUAAAUACAACAAUGUCUUAUAAAUUGAUUUCUCUCACUGUCAAGAUAGCAGAGAAGAUUCUUGCCUUUUGGAUGAAUUAACACUUCAAAAGAUCUAUCUCAGGUGCCUUUGUGCUCCUAGGAAUUGUCAGAGCAGCACAGGAUUGUGGCGUAGUUGAAGUUUGAAGGGAUUUCUGGAGAUAUCUGGUUCAAGCUCUUCCUCAAAGCAGGGGUCAGCUAGGCUAGGUUGCUCAGGUCCACAUCCUGUUUGGUUUUGAUUUCCCCAAAAAUGGAGACUCACAACCUCUCUGAGCAAUCAUCUGUUGUAACAAGCUGCCAGAGAUUGAUGACAGAAAAAAUUGUGAUUUUCAGUAGUCAUUGUCUCUUAAAAGAAAUCACUGAAGUCAAAGAAAAAAGCGGGGGUUUUGUGCUGAAAAAAAGUCAUCCCAAUCUAACCUUCUGCUUGGAAAAAGCCAGGUGUCUUGCUUACUUACAUAGGCUCUGUCACUGAUGUCAGUGCCUUAUGGUCCAUAUCCUUAUGAUUCUGUUCUUGUAACUCUCCACUAAGAUGUGGAUGUGAUCAUCCACGUUUUACAGAGGAAAAGCUCAAGGCAAGGGGAGAAGCAGAGUAUGCAAACAGGUGUGAUUACCCAGCAGAGACACUAGUGAGUGGGUGCCCAGCUUUAAAAUACCAAACUUGAGGAGUCUUACUCAUUGUAGGUGCCUUGAACUCACAACCAGAGCUCUGCGGGACCCAGCUCUUCCUCUGUGAAUGCCCAGUGUUGGCAAGGCUGAAUGAGUCAGCAUUUAUUUCAUUCCCAAAUCCGUUGGGAUCCAGAAACAAGUAAUUUCACUUCUUGCUCCUAGAGAGUGCAGGGUACUAUAUUCAGAUUUUGCUUAAUGCUCUUGUAGUGGAGGAAGCUGAUUGCAACAUCCAGUAGCAACUGCUGCUUUUUUUUAAAGAACACAGCUUCAAUGAUGGUGGGUGUUUCUUUUGGUUUAAUUAGUUGCAUAAUAGAACACAUAAAUAAGCGUUGCAAUAGAAACCAAGAUCCCUUUGAGGUAUUGUUUCUUCUUCAUUAGUGGAACUAUUAUAGUCUCUACAGUGGGCAGGGAAAGACCUGUAUGUAAUUCUCUGUACUGGAGGAGCCUGGUUUGAGCCCAUCUUGCUGCUGGGAAGUGUGCUCUACCUGGCAGCCUGUAGGCUGCUCUGCAAUGGGUUGUUGUCAGUCUUUGGAGGAAAAGCAGAGGGUGUGAGCUUACAGCCUGUGUGAUCUGGCACACCAGGAAGACAGGUGGCUUAAUCUCCCUCUUGGCUUUUCAGUGAGAAUCCUAGCCUGGCUGCUUGUUCCAGUGUGUAAAGUCAUGUGGGUUAAUGUUCCUCACCUCAGCAUUGUCACUGGGGGAAGAUGAGUGACACGAACAGCAGGGGUAUUCAUGAGGGUGCUGAUGAGGGGCCAUGAGGGGCAGAAGCCCAAGGUUGCCUCAGUGGGGGCCAUGCUUAGGGUGGCAGAGGAGAGAAAAAACAAAUCUCCACAAUUGCAAACAAUUAUUUCUGAGUGUGGUGGCUUGCUUCCUCACUGUCGGCUCUCCACUCAAACAUGCCUCUCCAACAAGAGGGAGGGAAAACGGACAAGGUGGACAAGCCUCUAGCCCAUCUCAGCACAAGGAUUUAAUGCAGAAGAGAAGGGAGGUAAACAGAGCAAAAGAUGGUUUGUGCUAAUGGUUUAUUCUUAGGAUAAAAAUCAAUUCUCAAGCAUUACGUGUCUUGCUCCUUCAAAGGAGGAAAGGGAAAGAGAAGGAACCAGAGUGGAGGUGGUUCAAAGGAACAACUAGGACUAUCAAGGAGAAAGGCAAGGGAAAUAAAGGAAGUAAGAAGAACACUGCUUUGUUCCAGCAAGUUACCUUGUGUCUGCUGGCUGUGUGGGGGUGGUGUGCAUGUCUGCAUGUUCGCACUCGAGGACCAGUGAGAAGAAAUGCAAAUGAAUUCUCUUUCAUCUCAAGUUAAUGCAAUUUCAUUUAACUCCCAUCUGAUCAUUUCUGCAGAUUAGCUGAUGAUGAGGCUGGGAGCCAAGCCUUCCCACAAAUGCAAAGCAAAUCUGUAGAGAAGCUGAACAGGGAUCCUGCCAUGCCUCACCCAUUAAGUGGUUGUUCCAGCCUCUUUAUGUCAGGGAAUACCCUCCAGCUGUUUCUUGCAAGGCACCAUACUUGUAAAAAAGUUUCUAAAUAAUUUUCUCUCCUUUGCUGCAAUUGUGUAUCCUGAUGUACAAGAUUUGUGCUACUCACUGCAAGAAUAACUAAAAAGCUGUGUUACUAACUUGUAA